GGAAGGGGGGUGGUUGCUCUGCUCCACCCUCACUUUGUGUCAGCAGGUAAAGAGCGUGAUUGCAGUCCCAGGGGAGGGAGUCAGAGCUAGAACACCAAUUACAAACCACAGGCUUCCUCCUCUAGGGAGCUGAUCCAGAAUUGUCUUUCUGGAAAGGAAGCACUCGAAUCCUUCCGAACUUUCCAAGUCCAUCCAUGAUUCAGAGAUACUGUCUUCUCCCUCUGGGAUUUUCUGUGUUCCUGGUAGUGAAUUGUUGCUGAUGUAUUUGCUACUUUACUUUUCUCUUGCAAGAUUUGAUCAUUUUAUAUGCUGUUCGGGGAGAAAAAGAACUUUUGUUAGAAGGGACAUUUCAGAAAUGAUUUUGGAUCCUCUAUAAGUGUUUUUAGAGUUCUUGGGGACAUUAGCACUCACCCUGGAAUAAGUUUCUGCCUUUGACCUGCAUGGAUUAUUUUUUCAGGCUGCGGAAUUUCUCGGCACCUACCUGCAGUGUGGGGCACUUGGUUUGGUUGCAGAGUAAGAAGGUGGAAGAAUGAGCUGUACUUGGUUAAGCAGUUGAAAUCUUUUUGAGCAGGAUUUAUAAAAGCAUAAUUGAAUUUGUUUCAUCCCGGUGGAUUCCAGUGGGCCCGACAGCGCAACAGUGGCUCGGCAACUUGAUGCAUAUGGAAGACCAGCACCAAGUGAUCUGACAUAAUUAACAUUCAGGAUGUGACAUUCAACCUCAAGCACAGUUGGAAAUUCCAAAGAGAAGUGGUGAUAUCUUUACUAAUCAUAGUGAAGAUGGAAGAAAAUGACAUACCUGCAGCAGAAGUGGGCUGAAAAUACCCUCUUCCCUUGCCAGAUCAGGAAUGCCACCUGUUUUAGGGAAUAUACUUUAGAGACAGGAAGGGCCACGACUACGAUUGGCAUACUGAAACUGAAGCAUAAAUUUUCUUUGCCUCCAUUUGUCUGGAUCUGAGAAACCUGCGUUUGGUAUUAGCUAGUGGACGCAGUAUGUAUGGCCGAAGUGCAUUGCUGCAGCUGGUAGCAUGAGUGGUGGCCACCAGCUGCAGCUGGCUGCCCUCUGGCCCUGGCUGCUGAUGGCUACCCUGCAGGCAGGCUUUGGACACACAGGACUGGUACUGGCAGCAGCGGUGGAGUCUGAAAGAUCAGCAGAACAGAAAGCGAUUAUCAGAGUGAUCCCCGUGAAAAUGGACCCCACAGGAAAACUGAAUCUCACUUUGGAAGGUGUGUUUGCUGGUGUUGCUGAAAUAACUCCAGCAGAAGGAAAAUUAAUGCAGUCCCACCCUCUGUACCUGUGCAACGCCAGUGAUGACGACCAUCUGGAGCCUGGAUUCAUCAGCAUUGUCAAGCUGGAGAGUCCCCAACGGGCCCCCCGGCCCUGCCUGUCACUGGCCAACAAGGCCCGGAUGGCAGGUGAGCGAGGAGCCAGCGCCGUCCUCUUUGACAUCACCGAGGACCGAGCGGCUGCUGAGCAGCUGCAGCAGCCCCUGGGGCUGACUUGGCCAGUGGUAUUGAUCUGGGGUCAUGAUGCUGAGAAGCUGAUGGAGUUUGUGUACAAGAACCGAAAGGCCCAUGUGAGGAUUGAGCUGAAGGAACCCCCGGCCUGGCCAGACUACGAUGUGUGGAUCCUCCUGACGGUGGUGGGCACCAUCUUCGUGGUCAUCUUGACUUCAGUGCUGCGCAUACGGUGCCGUCCCCGCCAUAACAGGCCGGAUCCCCUUCAGCAGCGAACAGCCUGGGCUAUCAGCCAGCUGGCCACCAAGAGGUACCGGGCCAGCUGUAGGAGGGCACAGGCUGACUGGCCAGACUCAGGGAGCAGUUGCAGCUCAGCCCCGGCCUGUGCCAUCUGCCUGGAGGAGUUCUCUGACGGCCAGGAGCUACGGGUCAUUUCCUGCCGCCAUGAGUUCCAUCGUGCCUGUGUGGACCCCUGGCUACACCAGCAUCGGACUUGCCCCCUCUGCAUGUUCAACAUCGUAGAGGGAGAUUCCUUCCCCCAGUCCCUGGGACCUUCUCGAUCUUACCAGGAACCAGGCCGGAGACUUCACCUCAUUCGCCAGCACCCUGGCCAUGCGCACUACCACCUCCCAGCUACCUACCUGUUGGGCCCUUCCCGGAGUACUGUGACUCGGCCCCCACCACCCGGCCCCUUCCUACCAUCCCAGGAGCCAGGUGCAGGCCCUCGGCACCACCACCGCCUCCCCAGACCCGCACACCCUCGGGCUGUCAGUGAGCAACAGCACCUAGCGGUGGCCCAGCACCCCUAUGCACAGGACUGGGGUUUGAGCCGCCUCCGAUGCACCUCAGCACAGCACCCUACUGCUUGCCCAGUGCCCCCACACUGGGCCAGGCCCCAUGACAGCAGUGGGUCUGGAGAAAGCUACUGCACAGAACGCAGUGGCUACCUGGCAGAUGGGCCAGCCAGUGACUCCAGUUCGGGGCCUUGCCAUGGCUCUUCAAGUGACUCAGUGGUCAACUGCACAGACAUUAGCCUGCAGGGCAUCCAUGGCAGCAGUUCCACCUUCCGCAGCUCCUUGAGCAGUGACUUUGACCCUUUGGUGUAUUGCAGCCCUGAAGGGGAGCUUCAGAGGGACGAGACUCAGCUGAGUGUGACCUCUAGGCCCCGUUCUUUGGACUCAGUGGUGCUUGCUGCAGAAACCCAGGUCUCCAGCCAUGUCCACUACCACCGCCACCGGCACCACCACUACAAAAAGCGCUUGCAGUGGCAUGGCAGGAAGCCUGGUCCAGAGACUGGGGUCCCCCCGUCCAGGACUUCUGUUCCUCGGACACAACCCCAGCCAGAGCCACCUUCUCUUGCUCACCAAGCUGCCAGAUCCACCCCAGCAGCCCCAUUAGGACAGCCCCCCAACCCACAACGGCCCAGAGCCCUCACUGAGCCAGCCCCUGGCCCAGCUGAUGCCUCCAGUCCUAGCCCCAAUCCAAGCAGCCUCUUCCAUUUGCAGAAAUCCAGCCUCCCUGUCCGACAUCCACAGAGGAAACAGCGGGGGUGUCACUCAGAUGCCACCCUAACCUCUCGUCCCCAGGACUUGACUGCACAUUCAGCUUGCCAGAUUUUCCCCCAUUAUGGCCCCAGCCUGGCAUACCCUUGGGCUUCGGAGGCCCACCCAUUGAUCUUUGGACAUCCAGGCUUGGACAGGAGGCUGCUACCAGAAUCCCCAGGCUCCUGUUACUCAAGUUCACACCCAGUGUGGUUGUGUCUGACUCCACGCCAGCCCCUGGAGCCACGCCCAUCUGGGGAAGGGCCUUCCCAAUGGAGUUCUGGCAUUGCAGAGGGCAGGCCAUGCCCUUACCCACAUUGCCAAGUGCUGCCAGCCCAGCCUGGCUCGGAGGAAGAGCUUGAAGAACUGUGUGAACAGGCCGUGUGAGAUGUUCAGCCCUAGUUCCAAACAAGAGUGUGCUCCAGAUGAUUCAGGGCCCCACCUGGCACAGAACCCUGCUCCUGAGAGAAGAAAAGACCCCAGAAAACACCCUUCUUUUUGCUGUACUUCCUGGAACCACAGGAAAAAGAGUGGUGCUGGUGGGUGGCAGGGAAUGUGUCCUGUCCCCAGCUCCGGGUCUUGUCUGCAGAGCCCAUCUGCAGUGCAGCAGGUCUGUCUAACUCGUGCCUGUGUAGGCUGGCUCCCCAAAGGCUGUUUGUGAGAGCAGGAAGCUAGGUGUGGGUAAUAGGUGUUAUAAAGGUGCUGCUCCUUCCUUCCCCCAGCUCCAGUAGGGCUUCUUCACCCCAGGUCUCAGGUUCAUAGCAGCCAGUGGGUCCAGUUGAAUGCAGGCCCCCUUCUCACCUCCUUCCUUUGGUGAGUCCUGCAGGCCAGCUUUAGUUCUUCCCCGGUAAGGCUGCUGCAUCAGCAGCAACCCCGGCUCUUAUCGUUUUUCCUUCUGUGCAAAAGGAUGAGGAGCAUAGGAGAACUGUGAGCCCUAACAAUGGGAACCCUGAAGCUUCUUUAGGCAGUGCUUACCCUGGUGCAUAAAGAGGGAGGUUUUUCCCUUCUUGUCCUUAAUUCUCAGAUCCACUAUAUUAAAUCAGAGUCGUGACUUCCGGAAGCCCAGGCGCAAUGUUCUGUCCCUGAGAAGGUAUAGCACCUGGCAGAACCUGGGAUGAAGCCUCUGAUUGUCAAAUUCCCUUGUCAAGCCAGGAGCCCAGUUCCUUUGGGGGUGGUGGGGAGGGAGUAAUUCUUCCUUGGAAAUCUCCUGUGUCGGAGUUCCCAAGUAAGUAGAAAGAAAAGGAUUUCUGCUGGACUUCAUCUAGGAAAAGGUCAUGGAGUGAAGGUAGAAAGGCAGAAUUACAGUUGAACAAGGACAAGAGAAAUUCUUCUUGGAAGUUUUCUCUUAGAGUAGGGAUGGGAGCAAGGGAGAACAAAGGAAAAGUAAUGUGGAACUCUUGGGUUUCGAUGGUCUAGAGGCCCGGCUUCCCAGGAUAAGCUAUGCAAACCAGGGGUGCACGGGAAGGCGUGCAUCUGAGAGUGGAGGUGGAGCAGGAAGCUUGGCCUGGGCAGCUGGUAUGGAGUGGACAAGGGCUGAGGGACCUCCUUAGGGUGACAUUCACCUCAGGGCAGCUUGACCACUGCUGGCCCCUCAGGCGUUAUCCCAUUGGGAAUGUGAAUGUGGGAGCACAGUGGGCACAGGACCCCACCUGGGAAUCUUCUUUCCUCAAAUUAGUGGGGAACUAGCACCAAGGUACCCACAUGGGUAUUUAUAUCUGAACCAGACAGAAAGACGCUUGAAUCAGGCACUAUGUUAAGAAAUGUAUUUAUUUACUAAUAUAUUUAUCCAUAA